AUGCGUACGAAAGAAGGAGAUAAUUGUUAUCAUCCAGUUUAUUUUUCACUCUUUUUUUAUUCUCUAGGAAAUUGGUGGAGGCCUUGGCAAUUAUUUAUUACCAAAGACCCACUUGCUAGUAAACUGAAUUUUUCACGGCUUUGGAACCAGAGGUUGACUUAUGAGCAACGUAAAGAUAGAAUCUGUGGCAAAGAAUGGCAAGCUAACUACACCAAUCUUCACAAAGAUAUUCUGCAAUCGCGGCGGCCUCGACGGUUUAUUGUUUUUAGCUGUACUGUGGAAAGUUAUAAAUGUGCAGGUUAUGGCAAUCGCUUAGGGGGCAUCGCCUCACUUCUGUUUCUUUCUAUUUUAACGCAAAGAGCGUUGUUAAUUGAAUGGGACCAGGAAAUGCCUUUGGAUACUUACCUUGUCCCAAAAGGGAUCGAGUGGAACUAUUCAACAGAGAAUAUAAAAGAUCUUGACACAAGAAUACAUUUCUUGGGGAAGCAAAAUCACUUCAAUACGAGGAGGAACGAUGUGCUCAAUCAGUGGGAAAUGAAAACAGAUUUUGUUAGCUGGCUUCUGCAGACAAACAUUCAAGCUUAUUUUGACCGACCUGUUGAAAAAGUGGUGUCAAAUUGGUAUUUUGCAGACUUCUUAUUGGAAAAUCCUUUUUUAGGACAAAAUGUUGACGAGUUGGGAAUCAGGAGGGAACGCUCUCGAUACUCACUCAUAGGUUGUGCUUUUGAUUUUCUCUUCCAGAAGUCUCGCGAACUGGAAACCAGGCUUGACGCUGCUAGACGAUCGCUCGGUCUUGCAAGCCAGGCUCCUAAGCUCGGGCUUCAAAUAAGAAUGGGGGAUAUAUCUUUACACAGAGGCUUGCUGAAAAACAACCACAUUGACUUCAAGCGUUUUAUGAAUUGUGCGCGAGUGUUCGGCCAAUCCCUCGCGAGGCGAAAAGCAGACACUGUAAGGGAACCAGUUAAGUGGUUCCUAGCAACAGAUGAUACUGCAGUUAAGCGAUACGCACUUAAGAAUUACCCUUUAAAUGCAGUCACGCUAAAUAUAACUCCUCAGCACAUAAAUUCACUCACCAAGACGACGAAUUCGGAGAAGAUAGAAGGCAUGUUUGGUGUUAUAAUGGAUCAUUUUUUAUUGUCUGAGUGUGAUUUUCUUAUUUUGUCCAAGAGCACAUUUGGAAAAACAGCAGCCGCGUUAUUUUUUCAUUCAGAAGGAACAUCGAUUUACGAGGAUGUUUGUGGGGAACAAUUAAGGAAGGGCAUGACGCCCAACCUGCGCACAAUACAUCAGAUUGACGGCUAUUUCUGGAAACACCGAAAUUCCUCGAAUUAGCGCCUAGUCCGGCAAUCUCAAAUCUAAGAUUAGGCGGUGGGCAGUUCACCAUUCCCGUUAUACCAGCUUGUAGGUCAGCCAUUGAAAGACACAAUUUUGAUAAACUCAAAUUAAAUUGAAAUUUCGUUGACUUGAACAUCACAACAAACGACAAAUGUGAUUUUAACGUAACUCAGCGCAGACUCUUUGAAUCGACGAUCUCACGUAUGCACUCAAUUGCUUUAUCACGAGACUGAAAAUUGUUUUUGUUCCGUUCAGUUGUUUUCUUGUUGGUGUCGGAAUUUUAUUAUGCAUUCUGUCACUGGGCUAGAAUUAAUUUUUUGCAGCAGGUUUUAGAGUUGAAAUGUUACUAAGAUAGAGAAUUGGGAAUGGGGAAUGAGAAAAGGGAAAUGGAAAAUGGUGAAUGAGGAGGCAAUUCACACAAAAAUAAACCUUGACUGUUUUCGGCCUCGAAAGAAAUCCACAGUUUUCGCACCUCACUGAAGUGGCUGUCAACGUGGCCAUGCCACCAACGAGGCUACAGUAGCCACAGGCAGACCACUCUAUGUGUUCGUGGUUAAUAAUUGUUUUUAUUAUAUGGCUGUGUCUC